CAUCAGCACGCUUAACGAUCACAUAUUAUCCUGCUGGGUCAACACCAUGCAGAACGGCGUCCUCGCCCCUCCGAAACAUUUCACAUUCCCUCGGCCCUCCUGAUCCUUGUAUUGAUGCUGGCUGUAGCCCUCGGUCUCUCACCAGAUGUGGUACUGAUAUCCGGGACGCUCCACAGUGGGACAAUUCGACCCAAACCCAUACGUGAUUGAUAGAUAGCUCGACGACGACACCCACAAUGUUCUCCUGGCGGAGGUCGGUUUUCACCGCCGCCUCGUUCCUCCGGUACUCUUCGACAAUGGCCACUCCAUCGCACUCCUUCCAAGUCUUUCGGGAGGUGCCUCCCCUCCGACAGUUCCGCAAUGAUCUCCGGCUCUCCCGUCGCACAGUCGGGUUCGUGCCUACAAUGGGAGCCCUGCAUGAAGGACAUAUGUCGCUAGUGCGGCAGGCCGCGGCCGAGAACACGGACGUUGUCGUCAGUAUCUACGUCAAUCCGACUCAGUUUGGCGUCAGUGAGGACUUGUCCAGCUACCCACGCACCUGGGACAGCGACGUGGCGAAGUUGGAGGAACUAAACAAGGAGCUCACCAGCCAGGAUGGCAACGCGGGCCGUGUCACAGCCAUCUUGGCUCCGACCUCCAAAGUCAUGUACCCGACUCUGCCGCCGUCGUCCGAACCAGACGGGGACGGCUCAUUCGUGACGAUCUCUCCUUUGUCCCAGCGGCUGGAGGGCGCCUCACGACCGGUUUUCUUCCGAGGAGUCGCGACCGUCUGCAUGAAGCUCUUCAACAUCGUGAUGGCCGACCGCGCCUACUUUGGCCAGAAGGACGUCCAGCAGACCGUUGUCAUCAAGCGCAUGGUGAAAGAUUUCCAUGUGGGAACCGAGAUCCGCAUCGUGGAAACCGUUCGCGAACACGACGGACUAGCCAUGAGCUCACGGAACGUGUAUUUGGGUUCGCGGCGACGGUCGGUCGGUCUGGUCCUGUACGAGGCCCUGAAGGCUGCCGAAGCCGCCUACCAUGCGGGUAAGGUCACGCGAGCCGACAUUCUUGGCGCUGCCACUCUCGUGACCGACCGAGUACUGUCGGAGCAAAAGGCUCUCUCGCCUGCCGAGCGGGCGCUGUACGAUGUCGACUACAUUUCCUUGGCUGAUCCGGACACCCUGGACGAGGUGGAGGUGGUUGACCCCGCCAAGGGAGCCAUUUUGAGCGGCGCGGUCAAGAUGGCUCCGAUCGAGGAGUUGAAGGCCGGAGAAGACGCUGGUUUGGGAGAUGGAAAGGUGCCAGUGCGACUGAUUGAUAACCUCACCCUUCAGCCUCGUGCUUAAUCUGCCCCCUCUGUGGCUUCCUUGCAGCAUGGACAUACUUCUUUCUAUACCCUGAUGCUAUCCGAUCAAUGGCAUCUUUGUACCAUUUCUGCCUGAUCACACAUGUAUCUAGAAACCUAAUCACAACCUACUCCACUAGAUUU